AUCAUGGCCACUUGUCUUCCUUCUUAUCUGUCACUGUCAUUACAAAUCCCCAAAAAAUCCAAAGUUCUUAAAUUAUCUUCUAACCAAUUUAGUUACAUUUUUUACUGACUCACGUUAUUGUUAUACUUUUAAAAAGUCUAAACCGUCAUAUAUUAUCAUUGUGACAUGAUAUUAGUGUAAAGUUUUACUUUAAUAUAAUUACAAUGAGUGCAGCUCAGAAAGAGGUUAAUGGGGCUCCUCCUGGCGAGAUAACAGCAAGCAAUGAAGAACCUGGAGUUGCACAAAAUGAUGCUGCUCAACAAAGAGCGCCAACAAAAAUGGAAUCCUUUCUGGCUGUAGUUAAAUCUCUCAUAAUAAGAGCAAUGAUCAUGUAUUUUAUAUUCUCAUUCUUUAGAAGUCCGCAACCGCAAAAGCCAACAAAUGAUCAAGGAGUAAAAAUGCCACAAACUGCAGCCAGAAACAUAUUUCCAGAUGGCACAAUAAUGAAUCUGUAUAUUUAUUUAUCAGAAAAUGAAACAAUGGAUAAUUAUAGUCCUUCCAAUGUUUUCUGGUACAAAGAAGGGCUUAAAUAUGGAGACUGGACAUCAGGAAAGGAUAAAGAUGGAUCUUAUACAAUAGAAAAACAAGUCCCAAUCACUGCACAUAUGAAAAACAAUGGUUCCUUAUUCAUACAUGCAUAUCUAGUCAGGUCUGGAUACAGUCCUGAUCCUGAAGCUAAAAAUUUUGCAAAAAAUCAAAUGUCAUCAGUCAUGAAGCAAUUAAAUAGAUAUAAGAAGCUCAAAGCAAGUGGUACAAAAAAUCUCUUGACCGGCGAAACCGAAAAGGAAAUAGUUGAAGAUGGAAAAAUAAUAUCCCACUGGCAUCCAAACUUUACAUUAAAUCUGGUGACUGAUCAAACUUUGUGGAAUUAUGGUGGAGUGCCGGUCCCUCUAGAUCAGUUUAUCCGGUUCACAGAUGAUGGAAAGCAAUAUAAACCAGUGUUAUUUGCGAACGACUUUUGGAACAUGGCUCGUGAUUAUAAACCUUUAAAUGACACUUAUUCACUUCAAAUUACAUUCCAGCCAUUGAGCUUGUUCAAAUGGCAACUUUACGCCGCACAACAUAUGAGACAGAGUUGGAAUGUGUGGGGUGAUGAACAGACACAGUCCGACGAAGAACAAGACACGCUUAAAGAAACCUUGAUGGAUACUAAUCCUUAUCUUUUAGGCAUCACUAUCGCGGUGUCGAUCGUUCACUCUGUUUUCGAACUUCUUGCUUUUAAGAAUGAUAUUCAAUUUUGGAACAACAGAAAUUCUUUGGAAGGUUUGUCUGUUAGGUCCGUAUUCUUUGGAGUGUUUCAAUCUCUAGUUGUUUUGCUGUACGUUUUAGACAACGAAACAAACACAUUGAUACGAGUUUCCUGUUUAGUAGGUUUGGGUAUAGAAUUUUGGAAGAUAUGGAAAGUAGUAGAUAUAAAAUUCGAAAAUGGUAGAUUAACAUUUAAAGAUAAGAGUUCUUAUGUCCAAUCUAGUACAAAAGUAUAUGAUAAGUUAGCAUUUAAAUACCUAUCGUGGGUUUGCUUUCCAUUAUUCGCGUGCUAUAGUGGAUACGCACUUAUUUAUCUCGAACAUAAAGGUUGGUACUCUUUUGUAUUAGAUCUUCUCUAUGGAUACUUGUUAACGUUUGGUUUUAUAAUGAUGACUCCCCAAUUGUUUAUAAACUAUAAACUGAAAUCAGUAGCCCAUUUACCAUGGAGAAUGUUAACUUACAAGUUUUUGAAUACUUUUAUAGAUGAUAUGUUUGCUUUCGUUAUUAAAAUGCCAACUAUGUACAGGAUUGGUUGUUUCAGAGACGACAUUAUAUUCUUGAUAUAUUUAUAUCAAAGAUACAUAUAUCCUGUAGAUAAAACUCGUGUUAAUGAGUACGGCUAUAAGGCAGAACAAGAAGAAAACCAAAAGAGUAUUACCGAGAAUUCAGACCAAAGUGUGAGUGAAGCAAAGAAAGAUAAAUAGGUUGUUUGUGUAAAGUAGCGUGUACUACUUGUCUUCUUAUUUUAGGCUUAAAAGAACUGUUGUUUAAAUUAAUUGUAUCUAAUGCAAAUAUUUAAAAUAAAUGUGAUAAACAGUUUGCUCUUA